AUGGCGAAAUCGAAAAAAUCUAAGGCGGCUAUUCUUGACGAGGCUCCAGCAGAAAACACCGUCAAAAUCGAAGUGGCCGAAAACUUGGAAUCAACGAAGAAUACCGAUUUGACGCCGAAGAAAAAAUCGAAGCGCGCGAAAAAGAAGGAAGUUAAAGCCGUCAUCGAUGAUAUCGACAAUGAUAUCGACGAGUCCUUCGAUAUGGUCGAGGCUGAAGAAGAAGAUUUCGUAGUUACUGGAGGUGAUGGCGAGACAGUUGUUGAGGGGCUUGAAGUCGCGCCUAAGAUUGAAGUUAUACCACUCGCAACUGAUGUAGAGAGCCCUGAAGAUUACGAAGAUAACGCUUUCGAUGAAAAAGUUAAGAAAGAAAUCAAGAAUGAAGCCGAUGAAGACGCCUCCGAAAACGCACCUCCCUCUGAAGUUAAAACAGACGUUCGCUCCUCAGAAGAUCGAACAAUUUUCGUCAAAAACCUGCCAUUCGAUACGACAGUAGAAGAACUCGAAGCACUUUUCAUCCACGCCAAGGAAGUCAGAUUACUAACGAAAGCGAGUGGCAAAUGCAGAGGAAAGGCAUUUGUAGAGAUGAAGACUGUUGAAGCUGCUCAAAAAGCGCACGAUUACAAGAAAUGGGAUCUUAGAAAGAAACGGCUUGAGGUUGAUCUGUGUGGUGCGAAAAGCAGCAAUACGAAUAUUGAUGAAAUCAAAGAGACCGGAACUUUGUCGAUAAAAGCAAACACAGAAUUCGACGAAAUGGACCUGGAAGACCUCUUUGAAGAUCCUGUUCAAAUUCGUUUCCCCAAAAAUGGCCUCAACAUUGCUUACGCCCAGUUCGAAUCGAAAGAAGUUGCCAAGAAGUAUAAAGAAUCCGAUUUGGAAAUCAACGGCCAGACAAUUGUGUUCAACUACGUUCCUGAUCGCGUUUCUGCUCCGUCGAAGAGCCGAAAAAAAGGCGAGAAGUGGGAGAAAAAGAAGCAAGCCAAAGCAGAGGCUGCUAUCAAAGCAAAUAAAGAAAAGCGAGAUAAGUUCAAAGACAGAAUGACGAAACGAAAGAACGAAGAUGGCACGAAUGACGACGCUGAAGAAGCUUCUCCCAAGAAAGUCUUCAAGCAGGACUCAUCAAGAGGCAGCUUCAGAGGACGAGGAGGUGAAAGAGGCUCUGGAAGAGGGCGUGGUUCAUUCAGAGGUGGCUCAUCGGAUCGUGGUAGCAGCAGAGGCAGAGGAGGAGACAGAGAUGGUCGUGGACGAGGCUCAUUCAGAGGAGGAUCUUCCGAUCGCGGCGGUGGAAGAGGCAGCAGUCGUGGAGGAAGCUUCCGCGGCGGCUCAAGAGGCGGUGCAGACAGAGGACGAGGCGGCGGCCGGGGUCGUGGAGGCUCUGAUCGCGGGCGAGGUGGCUCUGACAGAGGUGGACGCGGAUCCAGCAGAGGAUUCAGCAAACCAAGAGGUUCUUUCAAGCGUGACUGA